GUCGGUUGGUGUGUGAGCUGCGGAGAACAUCGCGGGAACACUAUUCUAAUUUCAAACGUAAAAAUACCUUCAAAUUUUCCGAAAGAAAUCAAAACGGCUGCAGCAGAUGCCAGAGACUCCCUGCCUGGAAGCAUCUCAAGAAUAUGGGGAAAACUUCCAAGGUUGUGGUGUGUGGCCUGGCUGCUGCUGGUAAAACUGCCAUCCUGGAGCAGCUAAUUUAUGGAAACCAUACCAUUGGAACACAAACAUAUUCUACAAUUGAGGACACUUAUGUUGCUUUCAUUGAGACGGAUCGGGGAGUCAAGGAAAAAGUCCGGUUCUAUGACACAGGAGGUUUGGAUUCAAUGAAGCCUGAACUUCCAAAGCAUUUACUCAACUCGGCAGAUGGUUUUGUGCUUGUCUACGAUAUCACUAAUCCAGAAUCCUACAAAUGUGUGGAAAAAGUGAGAAAGGAAAUUGAUAAAUAUUCUCAGACUGGCAGAAAAGAGGGUUCAGUGAUUGUUCUCGGUAAUAAGGCAGACCUUGAAGAAUCAAGACAGGUCGAGACAUCCGUUGCCCAGAAGUGGGCUCACAAAGAAAAAGUCAAAUUAUUCGAAGUAUCUGUGAAGAAUCGACAGACAUUAAUGGAAGGCUUCAUAGCUUUGGCAUCGAAACUGACACAGCCACCUCCAAAAUCAUCCUUUUUGACCAAAAAGGUCAAAGGUGUGUCAAGUUCAAGUGCUGCAGCAGAUUCAUGAACAUCGCAUAGGGGAUUGUGCUAGGAGGGAGAGGUCCAAAAAAACUGCUUUGGUUGUGAAGAUGGAUGCUCCCUUAGCUUUACAUACUUUAGUGUACGUCUUUUGCCAGAAUUUGUCCAAAGCUGUAUCAUACUACAUGUAAUAUAUACUGUUAAAAUAUACUAGAAAUGUUUCCUUUUAA